AUGGGGGAUGCAGAUCACAACAAGAUAAGUGUUGAUACGCUUUGCGAGGUAUGGGAAGAGAUGCAGCGCACGUUUGAAAUGGAUAUUCGAGUAUUACUGGACAAGGCAAAAGAGUUAGCCAUGGAGCUCAGCAAGGCUGUAGAGUCGUCCGCGGAGCCGGUUGGCAGGCUGCGAUCGCAACAGCAAUUCAAGCUCAACUAUUUAAUGAUCCACUUAACAGAGGAGCUGCAGCGGCGAAGUGACAAAGCAUGCGCCAAAAGGAGACUGCAGGAGUGGAACAAGUCAUUGGAUAAGAUGCGAAAUAAGCUCGCCUCACUAUCACAGAGCCUGUCGAAGUUGGGUCUUAUCGAUGUAUUGGCCAUGCAAGAAUUGUGUGAGCUGCCGGACAAUUCGACGCACAACUAUGAACUGCUUAGCCAGGCGGUGCAACGCUGCGAAGAAAUACGUACGGCGAAUCUGUCAGUUCUCAUCGAUCAAGUACACACGGAGAUUAAUGAAUGGUGUGAUCUCACCUUACAAUAUCCAAGUGUUCGAAAUUAUCAAAAAGAUUGUUGCACCGAAGAACUACUGGAUUUACUAGAGGAACAGUUAAAGGAAAUUAAGAAUUAUUACAAUUCAAAUAAAUCUAUUUUCGAGAUGUACGCCAAACGUGUGAAACUGUGGACACGCAUGGAGGCGCUUGAGGAGAAGGCUAAGAAGCCCAAUCGCUAUCAUAAUCGAGGUGGCGCUCUGCUGCGGGAGGAGCGAGAGCGCAAGACAAUUAGCAUCAAGCUACCUAAAAUCGAGCAGCAACUUAGGGAAUUAGUGCAGGCGUACGAGCAAGGCAAUGGACGGCCCUUCCUGGUACAAGGAGAGGAAGUAUUGGGACGCAUUGCGAACGAAUGGGAAGAUUAUCGAAUGGCCAAAGAGCAGAAGACGGCUGCACGAAAAAAGGCAGCAUCUGACACCAUACUAGAGCCCCUCAACUCAACCUUUUCUAGUCUAAUAUCGCUUCGCAAGACGACAUCGGUUCCAUAUUUCAAUUCAUCAAUAGGGAGCGUCGGCACUAGGCCAGCCUGA